AUGGACGUUGAGACGGAGAUUCCACAUCCAGCUGAGGUCGCGGCUGGGGCCAAGGGAGAUGACGAGGAGCAGCCCCCGGCUUCGACAUACUUGCACGGAUGGGCUCUCGCAGGCUUGACGAUGGCUUUUAUGGCAAUAUUUUUGGUGCUUGCUAUUGACAACACCAUUCUCGCCACGGCAAUACCCAAGAUCACCAAUGACUUUCAUAGCUUGAACGAUAUCGGUUGGUAUGGUUCUUCCUACUUGAUCGCGCAGAUGGCAUUACUGCCGACCUGUGGCCGGCUCUAUACCUUCUUCAACAUCAAGUGGGUCUACUGUCUUUCACUGGUCGUCUUUGAACUUGGGUCGAUUGUCGCGGCGUUGGCUCCGAAUUCUAUCACACUGAUUAUUGGACGAGCAAUUUCCGGCCUGGGCGCCGCUGGCCUGGUGAGCGGAUCGACUACGAUCUUGUCAUACUGCGUAUCUUUGAGAAAGCAGGCAUUUUUGACACCGAUUGUACUGGGCAUGUACAAUGUUGGCUCAGCUAUCGGGCCUCUUGUGGGCGGUUCAAUCACGGAUAACAAGAAGUUGACUUGGCGAUUCAUCUUUUGGAUCAAUCUUCCAGUGGCGUUGGCGCUAAUCUGGUUCACGUUGAAGAAUCCCCCACCUGCGGUGAAGGGAGACUCACCAUGGAGGCAAAAGCUUCGUCAACUGGAUAUCCCGGGAGCCGUCAUUUUGCUUGGGGCCACAUCUUGUCUGAAUCUAGCCCUACAAUGGGGUGGCAUCGUCUAUCCCUGUAUUGGCACAGCCGGUUCUGGUCUGCUCGCGUCCAAAUUCGGGCACUACGUGCCAUUCAUGUUAAUCGGACCUCCGAUCCUCGCCACAGGCGGCGGUCUUUAUCAACUCAUCAAUCCCAACAGCCCUCGCGGGCAAUGGAUUGGCUUCCAGGUCCUGACCGGUCUAGGCUACGGCAUCUGCAGCCAAAUGCCGAUUCUCGCGGUGCAAGUUGUGCUCAACAAGCCAGAUGUCCCCACUGGCCUAGUGGUCAUCAUGUUCUUCCAGAUGCUAGGCGGCGCUUUAGCUCCCAGUGUUGGACAGAACCUCUUCACGACGGGGCUUUUGCAGAGCCUCCACGAGAUACAGGGAGGAGUCGAUGCCGAUGCUAUCGUAGCGGCCGGUGCAAGUGGAUUCAGAGCACUAGUACCCCCCAACCUGAUGAGUGCUGUUGUCGGCGCGUUCAACUCGGCAUUGAGGAAUGCUUUUUGGGUGGCUCUCGCAACAUCGGCACUUGCUUGCGUCACAGCAUUGGCUAUGGAAUGGCGACGACUGCCUGACUCCAAGCCGGAAGAUGAUGAUAGUCCCGUCGAUGAGACCACGGUGCAGGAGAAGGUCUAA